GGAACCUGUCAUUCUCAGCAAUCUGACAUGUGUGAUUCUCAGAGAAAUAACGAGCGUUUCCCAACAGCGAGCCCGGCCCUUCAAAUGUGCUUGGAUUCCCGAGAACUACGCUCGCCGCAUAGCCUACGCCAAGACCAGGCUGGUUGCGAGAAUGCAACUUAGCAAGUGGGUUGCACCGUGUGUGCAGGUGUCUAUAUAUGGGCCCUGUGCGUGUGCCCCAAUGGGGAACAACAAUAGCACGGAGUCCAAUGCCAAGCUGGCGCCGGCCGGAUCUGCCUUCACGCAAGAAAAGCAGCGAGUGUCCACUCUUGAGCCCGUGCGCUGCAAGUCCGUGGCGCCCUGUUCUUCAACCCCCGGAGAGCCCGGUCACGUGCCCGAUAUCCUGGCCCAGGCCAGCUCGGUGCUCGCUGGCUACGCAAGGUCGGGCAUCUGGAGCGUCGCGUCCUGCACACGGCCGCCCCGCACCCGUGGGGCCUGGAGGCUCGCACUACACGAGCGCCGCAGACGGCCAAGCUUUCCCAUUCUUGCUCGCGGCGCACGGUAUUUUUAAGUUUGGGCCCAGUGAGGAUGCCUGGCCCCGGCGUCUUGGCGUUUGCUCGCUUAUAUUCCAAAAGUGGGAGGGCUCGUUUUUCUUACUCUUGUUUUCUGCAAAUCGCCCGGGCAUCGUUGACACCCUCCGUUGCACUUUAUUUCGUGUCAGGAAAGCCGACUAUUUGCUUUGUUCCGCGGCGCCACAGCUUCCCCGUGCGGCUAGACCAGGAAAGAACAACCAAGCCCCAUCAAGCCUCAACACAUCAAGGGCCCUGUUUCUCGGUGCAACCGCUCGUAUUCCCGACGACAAGAAAACCGGCCACCCUCAUUUCAGGCCCCGACGCUUCCACGAGGACUUUAGAUACGCUGGAAAAGACUGACCCCAAAUCAACAUUCUUUAUUAGUAUUGCGCUUGACACCUCCAGGUCCGGUUCCUUGUAAGCUCACAGGUAGACGCCUUUGCCUGCCACUUUAGGCUCCCUUGACUACCACACCCCCAUCAUUGGCGGCUAGCAGAAGUGGACACUCCUCAAACCAAGAGAGGCCAAAAAAAAAAAAAGGAAUACACCAACACAUGUCUCGCAGGGACUUGACCCACAAUGACCCGGCGCGUGGGCCCCCCGCCUAUAAUC